AUAUCGAUAGCCGAUCCAUCCCUAAAGAAAAGGACCUUUGAUCUUUGGAAUUUAGUACAAUAUUUAUAAUUUUGUUGGUGGAGUUUUUAAUCUUUUUUUAUUUUAAGUUACUUUUGCACAGGUACUGGUUGCACUUGUUAGUGAGUUCCUCGAAAGAAAAAUGUUUAGUAACCGUAUUUACGGUAUUUUGUCGCAAGUUUCUGCCCGCAAUGUCCGAUAUGUUUCCGUUUGCGGAAGGUGUUAUUCCACUGCCGUCGGGAGGAAGCAUGUAGGCCUAAAAGUAGUAGACAAUGUGGGCGUGAUUACGCUGGACUCGCCAGGGGUGAAAGUUAAUUCCCUUAGCCGCGAAGUAAUGGACGAAGUUCGGCAGAUCUUGAAUGAAGUCCAAGCGAAUGCCCAAGUUCAGUCGUGCGUUUUAAUUUCUAAUAAACCGAACUGUUUCAUAGCUGGGGCAGAUAUAAAUAUGAUAUCGCAGUGCAAGACUCAGGAGGAGGUAACAAAUCUAUCUAAAGCAGGCCAUCAAAUUUUCUUUGAUAUUGAGAAAAGCCAGAAACCCUUUGUUGCAGCCAUUCAGGGAUCAUGUUUAGGAGGCGGACUUGAAACCGCACUUGCUUGUCACUAUAGAAUUGCUGUAAAAGAUAAGAAAACCCAGUUGGGAUUGCCAGAAGUUAUGUUGGGUCUGCUGCCUGGAGGGGGUGGAACUCAGAGGUUACCAAAACUCACAGUGUUGCCUAAUGCCUUAGAUAUUGCCCUUACUGGAAAGAACUUGAGCGCAGAUAAGGCAAAGAAACUUGGAAUUGUGGAUUUGGUGGUAGAUCCAUUGGGGCCUGGACUAGAUACUGCCGAGAACAUGACUAGGUUGCAUUUGGAAUCUGUUGCUGUGGGGAUCGCUAAACAAAUCGCGUCAGGAAAGUUUCCCAUCAAACGUGAAAAGAAAUUGACUGACAAAGUCCUUAAUUACGCCUUGCAGUAUGAUUUUGUUAAAGAUCAAAUUUUUGGAAAAGCCAAGAAGCAGGUUAUGAAAUUGUCAAAAGGAUUGUAUCCUGCACCACUGAAGAUCCUGGAAGUAGUGCGGGAAGGAUUGGACAAGGGUAUUGAGAGGGGAUAUGAUGCUGAAUCCAGGGGUUUUGGAGAAUUAGCAAUGACACCCCAAUCCAAAGGGCUUAUCAGCUUAUUUUAUGGACAGACUCAGUGCAAAAAAAAUAGAUUUGGUCAGCCAGCUAAAGAAGUCAAGACGGUAGCCGUUUUGGGAGCGGGUCUGAUGGGAGCAGGUAUCGCCCACGUUUCGCUAAACAAAGGCUAUCGCGUAAUCUUAAAAGACACGAACUCAAAUUCCCUCGCGCGUGGCACCAAUCAAAUCGACACCGGUCUGACCGGCGCCGUCAAAAGGAAGAAAAUGACGUCGCUCGAAAAAGACCGUCUAAUCUCGAACUUGAACCGCACCCUCAGCUACAAAGACUUUAAAACCGCCGACAUAGUGAUCGAGGCAGUGUUCGAAGACCUCGACAUCAAACACAAAGUACUGAAGGAGGUAGAGGGCGUGAUCCGACCGGAUUGCGUGUUCGCCACCAACACGAGCGCCAUACCGAUCGGUAAAAUAGCGGCCGUUAGCGCGAGGCCUGACAAAGUUAUAGGCAUGCACUAUUUCUCGCCGGUCGACAAAAUGCAACUGCUGGAAAUCAUAACGACCGACAAGACGAGCAAAGAAACCACCGCGACGGCCGUCGACGUCGGUUUGAAACAGGGAAAAGUUGUUAUUACGGUAGGCGACGGUCCCGGGUUCUACACGACCCGAAUCCUAGCUGCCAUGAUGGCCGAAUCUGUAAGGUUGCUCCAGGAAGGUGUUGACCCCAAAGAACUGGAUUCUCUGACUAAGAAUUUCGGUUUUCCCGUUGGCGCUGUCACGUUAGUCGACGAAGUCGGUAUAGACGUCGCGAAUCACAUCGGCCCCCACCUGUUUCAGGUAUUCGGCGAACGAUUCGGCGGAGGCGACAUAAACAUCUUGAACGAUGUGGUAAAAGCAGGAUUUUUGGGCCGCAAGUCCGGCAAAGGAGUGUUCGUUUACGAAAAAGCGUCCAAAAAUCGCGACGUGAACCCCGAAGUGUUGGACAUCCUGAAGAAGUACAGUUCAGAGGCGAAAGGACCGUUCGAGGAUGAAGACAAAACUCUGAGAAUGGUCGCCAGGUUCGUGAACGAAGCCGUUUUGUGCUUGGAAGAGAAGAUACUGGCGAGCCCACUAGAGGGAGACAUAGGGGCAGUUUUUGGUCUAGGAUUCCCGCCGUUUAGCGGCGGUCCAUUUAGGUGGGUGGACCAAUAUGGGGCCGCCAAGUUCGUGUCGAAAAUGGAGCAGUAUCAAGGCGCGUACGGCCUGCCCUUCAAGCCGGCGCAGACUUUGUUGGAUAUGAGCAAAGACUCGGCUAAAAAGUUUUAUAAUAAUUGAUAACGUAUUUAUUUUUUAGUGUUACGCGAGAUUAAGCAAAUAAAUAUCUUUUGUUAAAAAUUGUG